AUGUACUGUCAUCUCCUACUGCAGAGAACGAAGAGGCUUAUUCUGAAGACUGGAACAGAGUGGGAGGUGUGGCUGCACAUGGAUGAGCACACCUUUGCUCGCCAUUUUAGGGUCACCAGGCCACAGUUUGAAUACCUGACAAUGAAGCUGCAGGAGAAUGGAGUAGGCAGGGAACACCAUCAAGGCCUGCCACCAGUUCCUGUGACAAAGAAGGUGCUGAUGUUUCUGUGGUACAUGGCGAACCAAAACAGCUUUAGAGAGAUGUCGGACAAAUUUGAUGUGUUCCAGUCUGCGGCACACCAAAUCAUUGUGGAUGUGCUUAAAAUACUUUGCACACUUGCCUCAAACUUUGUCUCCUGGCCAAAUGCCUGUGAGAAAGCAACAUCUGCUCUUGCUUUUCAGCAACUCUGUGGCAUCCCUGGUGUCAUUAGUGCCAUCGAUGGGUGUCAUAUAAGGGUGCAGAAGCUACCAGUACAAGGUGUAGACUACAAGAAAAGAAAGUCUUUCUUCUUUGUCCUUCUCCAGGGGAUUGUGGAUGACAGAGGAAGAUUCGUGGACAUUUGUGCUGGACCACCUGGAAGGGUGCAUGAUGCAAGGAUGUUGAGGGCUUCUCCCUUCUGUGAAUCAUGGCAAGAGAAAAUGGUUGGUUACAGCUUACUUGGAGACAGCGCACACAUCGAGCGAGAUUUUCCAUUUGUUGUAACCCCUCAAUGCGACAAUGGAACCCUGACUUGUGAGGAACAACUUAAGAAUAACAAGAUCAGUUGUGGUAGGGUGGUUGUUGAACAAGUUUUUGGACGAAUAAAGUGCAUGUGGAGGCGUCUCCGUGAUCUUCAGAACACCAACAUCAAAACUGUGGAGAUGAUAAUAAUGGCAGCCUGUUUCUUGCACAUGAUUAUUGCUGACUUGUGCCAGCUGCACACCCAGGGCUGCCCAAGGGAGGAUGAUGACAACGAGUAG